AUGUGGUUGAAGAUUACUACUACUACUACUACUACUACUACUACUACUACUACUACUACUACUACUACUACUACUACUACUACUACUACUACUACUACUAUUACUAUUACUACUACUAAAAAUAAUAAUAAUUGUAACUCGGAAUGUACAAUCAAAAUAAAUAACCUUCCCCAGAAGGAAAUCAUUGAAGAAACCGAGAAAAAUGUGUUAACAGAUUCACUCAAAUGA